UCAGUUAUUAUUUGAUCGACUCAGUUUGAAAAGUAAUUUUAUUGAGAUAUUCGAAUCCUUCUUAUUGGACCAUUCAAGUGAACAUGAAUUCUUUCUUCAUCAUUUGGACGGUUCUUUUUGCCUCCUAUUGCAGUAGUCAAGAUGAACUUUCAAAAACCAUCGUAAAUACUGAUUCUGAAAACACGAUUCGAUGCGAUACGUAUUUGUAUAAUCCAACUCACGAAAUAGCUUACACUUGGGCUAUUCAUAAUUUCAGCCAGUACGAAGCGAAAAACACAAGUCAGAUUUUUUCACCCAAAUUACAAUCACCCACUGAUGAUGAGUUUGUAUGGGAUAUUAAAAUAAUACCCAAUGGUAUUGAUGGAAAAAAUCAGACGUUCUCACUGUAUGUCUUCCUAUGCGAUACUCGUGACGUGAUCGCAGAUAUCAACGUAUCGAUUAUAAAUCAUGAAAAUGAAACCUUACAUUCUGUGAAUACGAUACGCAAAAAAAUCGGAGGGUCGUAUGGCCCUAUGGCCUGGACAAACUUUUGCAAGAAAGAUGAUUUAUUCAGAAAUCAAAUGCUGCAAAACGACACGUUAACCUUUUCAAUAAAUAUCAGAAGGUUUCCUGAAUCUCCGAAUGUCACUACUGUUGAUAACAUUUCCCAUCGAAAUAAAACCAAUUCCUCCAGUCUUAUACCCGAAACUACCAUUAUCAGAUGCAAUCUAUUGGAAAACCUCGAAUGGAUACUCAAAAAUCCGAAAUUCGUCGACAUGAUAUUCUCGACGAAUGGCAGCCAUUAUCAAUGCGGUGGUACGCCCAUGCAAGUACACGAAAUUAAAUUCAUCUGGGCUAUUCAUAAUUUCAGCGUUCACGAAACGUUAGGCUAUAGAGAGAUUUUUUCACCCAAUUUACAAGCACCGACAACCGAUAAAUAUACAUGGUACCUUAAACUCACACCUAAUGGUCAUUUUGACCGUCGUAGAGUUGAUCAAAUUGGUCUUGACUUAUACCUAUCCAAAUCAAGUAACGCUACACAGGCCUUAGCAAAGUGCGAUAUUUCAAUAAUUAAUCAUGAAAAAAAAGUACUACUCAACAGAAAUUUGCCAGCUGAAAAGUUACUGGCUGGGAGUAGUGUGUACUGGCAGUACUUUUGCAGCAAAACUUCUCUAUCGUUCAAAAAUGAAUUCCUAAAUAACGAUACGCUAACUCUGUUCGUCCACAUUAAAUGGAUUUCAGAACCUUGCAACGUGCAGACCGUUUCCCACCAACGUGAUAUUUCUUCGCCCGCAGCAACACCAGAGCUUUCUCUUACCCAAAGCUGUAAUCUUUCUCAAAUCUUAGAAUCGAUGCUGGAAAAUCCGAAAUUCGCCGACGUCAUAUUUACAACGAAUGGAAGCAGUUAUCCAGCCCAUCAAGCUGUUUUGGCCGCUCGAAGCCCUGUUUUCGCGACCAUGUUCCAAGAAAAAUAUACAAAACAUGGGAACAAAACUGCGAGAAUUCGAAUUAACUUCGCACCUAUGGGCGAAGAAGUACUACGGGCUAUGUUACGAUAUAUUUACACCGGCAAGUGUGAAAAUUUGAGCGGACUGGCUGAUAAAUUAUUCAUAACAGCUGUGAAGUACGGUUUGGAUGGAUUGAGAAAUAUUUGCGAACAAACCCUUCGUCAGACUGUGUCGGCUGAGAAUGCAGCGGCCAUGUUGGAAUUUGCCAAACAGCACCAGGCCGACGAAUUGAAAUCCAAAGCCAUGGAAUUUAUUGAAAACGUAUCGGAUCAAAAGUCGAAUACCACGAUCCACUAAUUGUAAGUUUAUCAAUAAUAGUAGGUAAAUACCUUUGAAAGUCACUAUAUUAUGUAGCAGUCAACAGUCAUUUUGAAUAAUAAAGUCACAAUUUUAGUCCGAAGUC